GUAGAAGUGGACAAAGCUGUUUCCCACAUACACAUAUGCAACCGAUGUCACGAACAGUUUGAAACAGCUUUAGAACUCCAAAAUCAUCGAGUAAGUAGUAUAUUGUGAUUGUUGUUGUGUACAGUUUGACAGGAAAACAUCGAUCAUUGUGGGAAGCGAUCUUCUAUGAACAUUUUUCUAGUGUAGACGUGGCGCAAUAUCUUCUACAAUGCCGAAAUCAUCAGAUGGCGUAUCAGGUAAACUUGAAGUAGCUUUGGAAAAAGUGAAGUGAAAACAAUUCUGCAAAUCUUAUCAAUUUUUUAACGCUAUAUAAUUGCUGUAUAUUAUUGCGUUGACAUUUUCAUUGUCUUAUUGUAGGUAUUAAAAUCUUUAGUGGCUCUAUUCAUGUAUGUACAGGUGAUAUCACACAGCAAGGGAUGGAUGCCAUUGUUGUCAUUUCAACAGCUGCUCGUUUAAGAGACUCUGUUCUUGAGCAAGCAGGAGAUAAAAUUAAGAAGCUCUAUACAGAACAAGCGCAAACUCAACCAGAUACAUCUUUUAGUACAAGCAAUGGACGUUUACCGUGCAAAAAGAUAUUCUUUAUUCCGGCACCAAAAUUAUCUAAAAAUGCUGAUAAGUGGGUAUUUCGAACUAUUGUUUCUGAAGCUAUACAAUUGAUAGUAAAUGAAAAGACAAUCAUUAUUCGAUCAAUCGUAUUUCCAGCUGUUGGUUGUGGUCUAAAUGGUUGCGAUGCGACAUUCGUCGCGGAAACAUUAAUGAGAGCUGUUAGUUAUGAACUAGAACAACGACCAAACUUACCUCUCUCUGUUUAUUUUGUAAUUCAAUCAAAAGAGACUAUCGUUUUCAACAAGUUUGAAGAACAAUUAAAGCUGAUAAAAUCUCCUCCAAGAUCAUCUACACGUCUCCCAGUUGUACCUCGAAAACCUCCACGAAAGGAUACUGGGCCUGCUUUUGAACGAAGAAUACUAGAGCCGUCUAGCAACAUAUUUAAAGAAGUUCUUCAAAUAUUUCAAUCGAGUAUGUCUAAUCAAUCUUAUAAAGAAGUUAUAAGUAUUGAAAACAUUCGAAAUAAACGUUGGUAUAGACAAUAUUUGGCAGAACGAGAUGAUUUCAAUGAUCGACUUAAACGAAAUACGGAAAAACGUUUAUUUCACGGAUGCUCAGAGAAAGCAGCUGAUAGUAUUAUGAAAGAGUUUUUCAAUCGAGGCUUUGCCGGUGCUAACGGAACUGCUUAUGGUCAAGGAUGCUAUUUUUCAUCGAAUGCAAGUUAUAGCCAUAAAUAUGCGACACCGAAUAACAAAGGCGAACGACGAAUGUUUUUAGCACGAGUAUUGGUUGGAAAGACAACGAAAGGUAAUUCGUCUAUGAAAAUUUGUCCGCUUGGGUUCGAUUCAACUACAGAUGGUUCCCAUAUAUUUGUCAUUUAUCGUGAUAGUCAAGCAUUUGGAGAAUAUCUAAUCACUUAUAGAUGA